AUGGGCAAGAAGUUCAAGACCGACUACGAAGGCAACAAGGUGGCAAAAGCUGCCAUUUUGUCUAGUCAGUGCAAGGAGAUCCGGGGGGAAGAGCUUCAGGGUAUGCAGAAGGAUGUGGCGACGGCCAAUUGCCGUGCCAUGACGCAACAAGCAGACCACACCCGUGCUCGCCGGGUGAAGUUGCUGGCGACCAUUCAAGAAGACGCCCGGAAGGCUGCCGCCGACCGCCACGUCAUCGAAUUAGGGAGUGUGCAGGCCGUGGACAAGGAGUUCCGGAAGGAGGCCAAGAAAGCUGCCAAGCGCAAGGCAAGAAAGAUGCAAACGCGGCCUUCAACCGUGACAACCCACAGGGCUCAAGGAAUUCAAGCUCCUUUGUGGGGAAAGGUCGCUCCGGCAAGCAUGGGGCGGCAAAGCCAUCGGGCAUCCGUCCACAAAAUGGUGGUGGCAAGCUUGGUGAGCCAAGCAACGCAGGCAACACGGCCAAGAGAACCAAGAACGUGGAUGACAACACAAGCCUGCCGGACAUCCUGA